AAAAGAAUGCUUGAUAACUUUGUUUCAAGAUCCAAAACCAAGCCUUACAUGCAAAAAUACCUUAACUUAGUCCUUCAAAUUCCUUCAAAAGCAGCACAGCUUUUAUACCUGACAAAGAAGCUUCCUUUUUUGUUGUGCUUCUUCAAAAUAAAGUUUCACUUUUUUAUCUGGUCUUUGAUUGAAAGAGCUUCAAAAUAAGGUUUCGUUACAAAGAAAGAUGGAUAUGCUAAAGCAAAUGAGGGUGACAUUCUCCGGUAUAGGGGAAGAAGAGAAAGGAGGCAGCAGCAGCAACACAAGAGAUAAAACAAUACCACCUCAGAAAACUCAAUCCUUUAAAGACACAAAAAGAACACCUAGCUGGUUGUACAGACAAUUUAUAAGAACAAUGAGUCGUGAUUAUGAUUCAAGCGAUGUCGACUAUCCAGCUGCGGUGGCUGCAGCUGCAUUUGCUGUAAAAUCAGUCGAAGACAAGAGUGAAUAUUAUGACCACAGAAGGAUCAAAGGUAAACCACAGGAUAUUGCUAAGAUACCUGAAAAGUUUUCAGAUGAAGGUUCAAAACUUCCUGAUAAAAGUUUGCCAGUAAGGUCAGCAACAAUCAAUCCAGAGCCAGUUAAAUCUGUUCCAUCUAUUAAGAAGACACCAACUUUUGGAGAUAACAAACCUGGAAGUGAAGUUGCUGAAAAGGCCAAAAGAGUUCCAUCCGGUAAGAAGAUACCAACUUUUGUAGAUACCAAACCUGAAAGUGAAAUUGCUGAAAAGGUCAAAAGAGCUCCAUCCAUGAAGAAAACACCCACAUUAUCAGACCAAAGCACUGAUAUUAGAGCUCCUAAAACCCCUGAGGUUCCUGUUUCCGAUCCUGCUCUUAAGCCAACUAGACAAUCUCCAUCUCAACUUGGAAGUGGAAAUUCUAAGGCAGAUAUUUGGGAGAAAGAAAAGAUGGAGAAGAUCAGAGAAAGGUACAGGAAGCUCAUAAAUGAAAUAGUGGAAUGGGAGACUAAGAAGAAGAAAAAGGCAAGGCGUGAAUUGGACAGAAUUGAGGCUGAAUUAGACAGACGUCGGGCAAAAGCCUUGAGACAUUUCAACAAUGAAGUCGGAAGGAUUGAAAGCAUUGCAGGAGGAGCCAGAGAACAAGCAGAUCAACAUCGAAUAAACAAAGAGCUUAAGGUUAUAGAGAAGGCAAAUAAGAUCAGAUCAACUGGGAAAAUGCCAUCAACAUGUUCAUGCUUUUAAAUAGUACCAUUCAUUAAGAAAACUGUAAAAAUUGUGAAAAUCCAACUUUUACCACAUUUGUUGGAGAAACAUGUAAAUAUGCUGAGUACAAUACUUGCCGUAUAUAAGCUUUCACAAGAUUAUCACAAAUCAGUAUUGAUGUCAA